AUAAACAACAGUGCAGGAAGUUAGUCUUCAUCAUCAUCAUCAUCAUCAUGCAUCUGGAGUGGUUCUUUCUCAUUGUGGCGUCAUGUUGCGCUGCCGUGGAGGCAAAGAGAAGAAAUGUUCUCCUGAUAAUUGCUGAUGAUGCAGGUUUUGAGACAGAGGUGUAUAACAACUCUGUGGUCCACACGCCGCACCUCCGCUCUCUGGCCCAGCGCAGCCUGGUGUUCAGCAACGCCUUCACAUCUGUCAGCAGCUGCUCCCCCAGCAGGUCGACUAUCCUCACUGGCCUGCCGCAGCAUCAGAAUGGCAUGUACGGGCUUCACCAGGGAGUCCAUCACUUCAACUCGUUUGACGGCGUACAAAGUCUGCCACUGCUCCUCAGCCAGGCUGACAUACACACAGGAAUAAUUGGGAAGAAGCACGUCGGCCCUGGGUCUGUAUAUCCUUUUGAUUUCGCUUACACCGAGGAGAACGGCUCUGUGCUCCAGGUGGGGAGGAACAUCACCCGCAUCAAACUCUUGGUACGCAAGUUUUUCCAGACCCACAAAGAGGAGGCUGUUGAGCGAAGGCAAGAGAAAGAAAAGGCUGAAGGAGACGGUGAUGACAACAGGGACGAAGAAAGGCCAUUUUUCCUCUACGUUGCCUUCCAUGACACACACCGAUGUGGACACUCGCAGCCCCAGUAUGGAGCCUUCUGUGAGAAGUUUGGUAACGGUGAAAUGGGCAUGGGACGAAUACCUGACUGGACACCAGAAUAUUACACACCGGAACAAGUAAAGGUUCCUCCUUUUGUGCCAGACACACCCGCAGCUCGGGCCGACUUGGCUGCGCAGUACACCACAGUCAGCAGGCUGGACCAGGGUAUUGGGUUAGUUCUCCAGGAGCUCAGGGAUGCUGGUUAUGAAAACGAAACUUUGGUCAUCUACAGCUCGGACAACGGCAUCCCCUUCCCAAAUGGCAGAACCAACCUGUACCACUCCGGCACGGCAGAGCCCAUGCUGGUGUCUUCUCCAGAGCACAGGGAGCGAUGGGGGGACACCAGCCAGGCCUACGUCAGUCUCUUAGACAUCACUCCCACCAUCCUGGACUGGUUCUCUGUUCCCUACCCGUCCUACAGCCUCCCGGGCAGCAGCCCCACCACCCCGGUCCAUCUCACCGGCCGCUCUUUACUGCCCGCUCUGGUCACGGAGCCCAGCCACUGGCACACCAUCUAUGCCAGCCAGUCCCUGCACGAGGUGACCAUGUACUAUCCAACCCGCUCCGUCCACCAGGGGGCGUACCACCUUCUCCACAACCUCCACUACCGCAUGCCCUUCCCCAUCGACCAGGACCUGUACGUGUCACCCACCUUCCAGGACCUGCUGAACCGCACCAGGCUGAGUCAGCCCACACACUGGUUCAAGAGCCUGGAGCAGUAUUACCACAGAGAGCGCUGGGAGCUGUACGACUGCAGGGCAGACCCACAGGAAGUGACAAACCUGGCGUCGGACCCGUCACACGGCGCCAUGCUCGAGAGCCUGAGGCAGAGUCUGCAGAAGUGGCAGUGGGAAACAGGCGACCCAUGGGUCUGUGGACCAGACUAUGUACUUGAGGACAAACUAGAGCCUCACUGCAGACCACUCUACAACGGACUCUAAUGGCGCUUUUACUCCUCCUGAUUGAUGUGAUGUAAAUAAAUGUGUUCUAUUUGUAUUUCUACCUUCAUGAAUAUUAGGAUAUUGUUAUUGUGUGUCUUUUUAAUGUUAAGAAUUAAAUCAAUAUUUUGGUUUCAAUA